UUUCGAGCAAACAUUAAUGCUCCCAACCUCGCGGUCCGUAUAAAUACAGUGGAGCUCGGUGUACCUGAUAUCAUUGUCUGUUACAUCCUCAACCGAUCCGUAGCAAGUGAUAAACAUGAAGAGCUUCGUGUUUGCAAUCUUGGUCACUGCUUUCGUGGCAGCCGCAUUUGGGGAAGUGGUCGAGGAUUCAGAUCAAUUAUUGCGUCUUCCUCGUGAAGCUGACCCAGCUAAACCCAACCGACCGAUCUAUAUUCCUCCACCGAGACCACCCCAUCCGCGACUCCGUCGUGAUGCCGACCCGGAAGCCAAACCAGAAGCUGAACCCGGUAAACCUAGUCGUCCAGUCUAUGUUCCUCCACCAAGACCACCUCAUCCGCGUCUUCGCCGCGAAGCUGAUCCCGGUAAACCUAGACCUAAUCCUAAGCCAAUACAUCUUCCUGGACCUAGACCACAUCCGCGCCUUCGCUAAAUCUGGCGUCAAUGGGUUUUCUACAUCCAUCCUGGUGGCAGCUACGAUCAAUAUAACAACGUAACGAUGACGGCCACAAAACUAAUUUUAUUUAUUGUUAAGAACAAGUCUCUGAUCGAAUAUAUGUAUAUGUACAUGUCGUGAAAAUUAUGUU